UUGCUUCGAUACUUCCCAUAAUUUCGCCAUAUAUAAUCAUCCUGAGAAACAACAUCUAUAGACGCUUGUGUUUCAUACAUAACUAUAUAAUACCCAACCAGCCUCCUAUAUUUUAGCUCAAUGCAUAUCUCCCCGAGCUAAAUCGCUUACAUCCUGAAGUGACGCUGGCUUUCCUGAUAUUGCAGGCUCUCCACCACCAAGCCAGACGAGUGUUACACUUGGUAUCGAAUCAGAUAUGGCCGUGACUCCAGACAUAACUCAUCAGCCUCGAUCGGCCCCGAUAACACUAGAGAAUAGUGGCACUAGACGGCACGAGAUUUUAAACGGAAACAUCCAAUGUCAGGACAGCAAUUCUAGCUCUGAUUCUCGGGGCGAAAUACCUAGGGCUUCUGUAGGAAAUGGAGCUCAUAAAUUACAAAGUGAACCAGAGAUGAUGCCUUCGCAUAAUCACAUACUAUCCGCAGCUGCAAAGAGUUCCACCAAUACUUCUGGUGAACCUGGGAAAAUUAAAAAGAUGGGCAUUCGCUGGGCACCGCUAAAUAUUGGUCUGGAACGUCGCCUUCAAACAUUUGUGGUAUUGUGUCAUACUUUGACUAUCGCCAUUUUUCUUACCAGCUUCUUUUUCGCAUGUGCUAUACCAUUAUCAUGGCCUAUUCUCUUGCCUUAUCUAAUUUAUAUAUCGCUCUUCUCAACGGCUGCUACGUCUGGGACCCUAAGUGGCAGGAGCAAUUACUUGCGAUCUUUACGCAUCUGGUCAGUUUAUGCGUCUUACUUCCCGGCCCGUUUACAUCGAUCUGAACGUCUUUUGCCAACACGGAAAUAUAUAUUUGGGUACCACCCCCAUGGAAUCAUCUCACAUGGCGCUUUUGCGGCCUUCGCGACUGAGGCGCUGGGUUUCUCUAAGCUCUUCCCAGGAAUCACAAAUACAUUGCUUACCCUCGACUCUAAUUUUCGGAUUCCUUUCUAUCGGGAGUAUGCUCUUGCGAUGGGCGUUGCUAGUGUCUCGCGUGAGUCAUGUGAGAAUCUUCUUACUAAAGGUGGCACCGACGGCGAAGGCAUGGGGCGUGCUAUCACUAUUGUUAUUGGUGGCGCCCGCGAAUCCCUCGAUGCCUUACCACACACGCUUCGUCUUGUACUUAGGAGACGAAAGGGCUUUAUAAAGCUUGCGAUUCGUACUGGUGCAGACCUUGUCCCAGUGCUAGCAUUCGGCGAGAAUGAUCUGUAUGAACAAGUGCGUUCGGACCAACACCCCCUGAUACACAAAUUUCAAAUGCUCAUAAAGCAUACUAUGGGUUUCACAAUACCCUUGUUUCAUGCUCGUGGGGUCUUUAAUUAUGAUGUGGGUUUAAUGCCUUACCGUCGCCCAUUGAACAUUGUUGUCGGCUGUCCCAUUCAAGUCAUUCAGCAGCAAAAUAGAGAUAAGAUCGAUGACGAUUAUAUCGAUUAUCUGCAUGCUAAGUAUGUUCAGGAACUAGCAAGAUUAUGGGAGCAAUGGAAAGAUGUUUAUGCGAAGGAUAGGACUUCUGAACUCGAGAUCGUUGCGUGAUAUGACUCUUCUAGUGCAGCAUCACUCAAUCUUUCUCUCACACGCGUUAUAAUUAUGCAUUUUAACCCAUAACACCGCAGAAGAAAGAAAUGAGGGAGUGGAUGUUUGUUCUGUGAAAGUGACAUAGUCAAGAGAAACUUGACUCAUUAUCAUAGGUCGAAAAUGUAUCUGUGUUCAUGCAAGAUUUUCUCAAGCUGCGUAUCUUAGAAAUAUGAAGCAAUGUAUAUAUUUGCCUCGACUAGUCCGGCAUUAUCAACAGCAGCCAUUCAUAGGACGGCCAUAAGGAAGAGCUUGCUGUGCGUGAAGUACGAAGAUGGCUGGGCAAUGACACCACACGAUUGUAUUUAAAGUGCUCUUAUUGCGUUCUGAGCCUCUCAAUUAAUGAUGCUGAAGCAAGUGUACAUAUUGACUAUUUCCUUCCAACCUGCAAUAAAUGAUAUAUCGUAAGGGCAAACACCAAACAACGGAAAUAGCAGCCUGGGUAUCUGA